UUUGCAAAGAAACUGCAUAUAGAAAAUCUCACUACCACUCUCUUCCUCUUCCUCUCUAUCUUUCCUACCAAAGAAAGUCAUUAGUACUCAAAUAACCAACAAUUGAUGUCAAGUUUCAACUUAGUAAAGGAGCUCCUACCCGCUAAGAAAGCGUGGAAGCGUUUCACCCAAAUAUUCCAAUCAAAAUUACAUAAUGUCAAGAUUUCAAAACCCGUCAAGAAACUAACCCAUCGCCUUAAAUCUAUCCGCUCCAUCCGUGGCCUUAUUCCCCGGAAAGUACGUGCUCGCGCCUUAUGUAAGUCUCACUAUGACCAUCACCAUCACUACUACUACAAUCACCACCAACUUCAAAAGAGCUUUGCAGCUGUAUAUGUGGAGGACCUCUUUGAAGGGCCUAAGCAAACCAACCAACCUAAGGGAACAAGCAAGGCCAGAGAAAUGGGUUCAACAAGCAGUGCCAAGAUAAUUGAUCAUGAGAAGACUUUGAGAAGAGAGAAAAAGGCAAAUGAGACUAGCACAAGUGGUGGUGUUGGUGAUGCAUGGAAGGGUAUUGAUGAGAGGGCUGAGGAAUUCAUCUCCAAGUUCAGGGAGGAUAUGAAUCUUCAAAGGGAGCAAUCUAUCAUUAAUUUCCAGGAGAUGUUGGCUCGAAGUGCAUAGAUAAAGCUUACAAUCAUUUGUUACAUAUUUUGAUACUGUGGCACGGGAUCUUUUGUAUUCAAAAUCUUUGUUUCAGUCUUUAAUGCACUUCCAAUCACAUGAUUGUGUUUUGAGAUUUUCGUGUAUCGAGAAUCUCAUCAUAUUGUAUGAUUGAGAGUGCAUUAGAUAAAGGGUAGGAGAAAUUUGGAGAGAGCCGAUCCUUGGUGCCCAUAUUCUCUUACAUCUGCUCCAACACAAAACUUGAAACCAGGGUGUGAAUAUUUAAGAUAGAGUGAUUUUUGUUUCUAUUUAUUCUGGGGAUUAACAUUAAAAAAAAAAUUAUGGAUGGAUCCUUGGUGUGAUGAUAUGUAAAAA